AUGGGUCAGACUUCAGGUGGUUCUGCGUGCACUGGGCAGCAGUUGGCAGCUGCAGCUAGAGGCAGAGGUCAGAGGGGACGACCACCUAUUAGACAUAGGGUGUAUGCUAUGACCAAGCAGGAGGCACAGACGACCCCCGACUUUGUGACAGGUACAUUAUCUAUACUUGGUGAUGAUGCACGUGUACUCAUUGACCUAGGGGCUACACAUUCUUUUAUUUCACGUGAGUAUGUUGCACGAGUCAGGAUGACUCCCAUUCCUUUAGGAUGUUGCUUGGAGAUUGCCACACCCACAGGAGAGUCAUUAUGGCCUAGUCAAAUGCUUGGAGGUAGCCUACUUUGUAUUGAGGGCCAAGUUAUGGAGACCGAUUUGAUCUUGUUAGAUCUCCAAGGGUUGGAUGUGAUCCUCGGCAUGGAUUGGCUUGCUUCACAUCAUCCUUCAGUGGAUCGUUUUUGCAAGGAGAAGGGUUGUAAGCAGUAUUUAGCUCACAUAGUUGAUACUCGAAUUAGUGAGGUGAGGUUGGAGGAUGUACCAAUGGUGAAGGAUUCCACAGAUGUGUUCCCUGAUUCCAGGUUGUGUGUAGAUUACAGGCAUUUGAAUAAGGCCACCAUCCGUAACAAAUACCCUUUGCCCCGGAUUGAUGAUCUUUUUGAUCAGCUUCAGGGUGCUAAACUGUUUUCCAAGAUUGACUUGAGGUCAAGAUACCAUCAGUUGAGGAUUAGGGAAUCGAACAUUCCCAAAACUGCAUUCAAGACAAGAUACGGGCAUUAUGAGUUUUUGGUGAUGUCUUUUGGACUCACCAAUGCCCCUGCAGUUUUUAUGGACUUAAUGAAUCAGUUUUUCUGUCUAUAUUUAGACCGGUUCAUUAUUAUCUUCAUUGAUGAUAUUUUGGUGUUCUCGCGGAGCGAGAUAAAGCAUGAGAUGCAUUUGAGUUUGGUGUUGCAAACCUUAAGGCAACACCAGUUGUACGCCAAGUUCAGUAAAUAUGAGUUUUGGUUUAGUCAAGUGGGAUUUCUUGAACAUGUAGUUUCUGCUGAUGGCAUUUAUGUAGAUCCUCAGAAGGUAGAAGCAGUGUCGAAUUGGGAGCAACCCACUAUGGUGACUGAAGUACGGAGUUUCCUAGGUUUAGCGGGGUAUUACCGCAGGUUCAUCGAAGAAUUCUCCAAGAUAGCAGGACCACUUCACCAUUUAACCAGGAAAGGAGUUAAGUUCGAGUGGACUGACAGGUGUGAGGAGCGCUUCCAAAAAUUAAAGGAAAAGUUGACUUCAGCUCCUGUUCUGACCUUGCCCGAGGGCAAUGAUGGUUUUGAGGCAAAUGUAGUAGCCGAUACAUUAAGUAGGAAGUCUACAGGCUCAUUAGUUUAUAUGCAGACAAUACAACUUCCUUUAAUGUUCAAGGGGAAUUGGAAUGUGUAUCUACCUUUAGCAGAGUUCACCUACAACAAGAGCUAUCACUCGAGCAUUGAGAUGUCACCUUAUGAGGCAUUGUAUGGGAGACAAUGUCGGACUCCAUUAUGUUGGAAUGAGACAGGUGAAAGGAAACUUCUAGGCCUUGAGAUUGUACAAGCGACAGUGGACAAGGUCAAUAUUAUAUGGACCAAGUUGAAAGCAGCACAAGACAGGCAAAAGAGCUAUGCGGACGUGCAUAGGAAGGAUCUCGAGUUCAAGCUAGUGCAGAUUUUAGGAAGGGAAGAGAAAAGGCUUCGCAACAAGACUAUAGCUUUGGUGAAGGUUCUUUGGAGAAACCACCUUGUCGAGAAGGCGACUUGGGAGCGAGAGGAUCAAAUGCGGAGUCAGCAUCCUUACUCUUCCAAAACUAAGCUUAUUAAAUCUUGCCUUGUGUUCUUUAGAAGUCAUAGCCGGAGAUUAGUUGUGGCUGAAUAUGACCCAAAAGUUGAUCUAUUGGAUCAGAAGUUCAUGAUGAAAGGGAAAUGGUAUCAAAGGACGAAUUUGGAGAUGGGAUGGUUCUCUCACAUCAACUUAAGAUGGACUGGCUUCACAAUGAGGAAAGAUGGGAAUGAAAAGCUAUCAAAUGGAGCAAGUAUAGUGGUGCUGAUAGGAGUGCUGGAAUUUUGCUGA